AUGGCUGCAAAGGCGAGGCUGGGGGCAGCAGCGGCAUUCUGGGCCCCCCUGAGGGGCUGCCUACUCCUCGCGCUCCUGCUCCAGCUGCCAGGAGCAAGGGCCCUUUGCUACUUCCAUGCGCAAGGUGAGGCGGCCGUGGGGGAAACAGGCGGGGGGUCCAAGGCGAGGGACAACAGAAUUGUGGAGGUCCCCCCAAAGGUCAUCCAGUCCAACCCCUCUGCAGUGCAGGAAUCUCAACUAAAGCAUCCGUGGCAGAGGGUCACCCAAGCUCUGCUCAAAAACCUCCAAGGAAGGUUCCUCUGUCAAACAGCUCUUGCCACCAGAAAGUUUCCCCUGAUGUUGAGUGGGAAUCCCCUUUCUUGUAACUUGGGUUCGAGUCCCACCAUCUAGCGCAGGAGAAAACAAUCUUGCUCCAUGUGACUGGCCUUGAGAGACUGGAAGAUCAGGAAGAGCCCUCAGGGGCCCUUGGGCUACGCAGCCUUGAGGCGCCCCAAGGCUAGCACUGAUCUUCAAAUGUACAGAAAUAUUGCAAAGAAGUGGACUCACUAGCAGGCUUUGAGUAGUAAGCCCUUACAAUCAACAAAAUUAAGGUAGAGAAUGUAUGGUAAUAAUUGAAAGAAUCUAGAGGCAAUUAGAGAACAAUCAAGGUAUAAUAAUGAUAAGAAUAUAGUAACAUUUUAUUUUUAUUUUAAGAAAGCUAUAUUAAAAGAAAAUUAAACAAGUAUAAGAAGUAAAUAUGCAAGAAACCAGAAGAGGAAGUUGAGAGAAGUUGUGGGGGGUUGUAUCUGGGGAUGUUGUCUUUUCUUUUUGUGAACAAUGUUACAGUGAUGAAUAUAAAACUGCAAAAUUUAAUUAAAAAUAAUUUUUUUAAAAAAUAAAUAAAUCUUCACAUGGCAAAGGAGCAGAUUCAGACUUGACCUUAGGAAGACCCUUGUGACAGUAAGAGUGAUUCAACCACAGAACGGGCUCCCCUGGAGGAUGGUGGACUCUCCUUCUGUGGAGGUUUUUAAGCAGAGGUCAGGCGGCCGUCUGUUAGGGCUCCUUCAGCCGAGAGUCCUGCAUCGCAGAGGGUUGGGCUGGAUGAUCCCUGGGUUUCCCUCGCCACCCUACAAGCCUGAUUCUAGAGAGGCAGGAGGAGACUGGCGGUGGCCCAAGAGCACCCAGUGCUCCCCGCUUGGCCGGGAUCUGGCUGAGAACGCAGCUGGCAGAGCCGAGGGCCAGAUCCGGCGCCAGCCCUCCUCCCUGACCGCCCUCCCUCCUUCCUUCCAGCCCCCUGCCUCUACAAGGAAAAGCACUUUGGCCCCGGAGAGUCCUGGCAGGAUGCCAACUGCUCCAAGUGCUUCUGCCUGGACCCCCUUGGCGUGGGCUGCUGCGACAUGUGAGUUGGGCAAGGGGGGUGCAUGUGGGCUGCAAUGAGCAGGGAGGGGGCACGUGUCUGGGAGGGGAAACGCAAGGAGACCCCCCUCCCAAGUAGCAGCUCCCAGAGGGCACCACACCUGGAAGGGGCCCGGGCAGGUGAGGCGCCUGGAAGACGCCACCCAAGGGUGAAAAUGGGGUCCUGGCCCCUGAGGCAUCCUUGCUCCAGGCUCUCCUGGCAUUGCGGCACCCGGGGCCAAGGCCGGGCAAAGGGGUCAUUUCUGGGACACAGGAAAGAGUAGGGAAAAGCAAGCAAAAGUCAGGGAUUGGGACCCGGUGUUGCUGCCUGAGCAGAUUUGAGCCUGCGAUCUGAGGAGAUGCCGAGUCUAGCAGAGCAUGAGACUCUUCAACUCGGGGCGAGAGAUUUGCCCCACGAUGGGCAAAAAAAAAUCUGCAUUGAAGGGGGUUGGACUGGAUGACCCUUGUGGUCCCUUCCAAAUCUACACUUCUUUGAGGGGCCCACUGAGAAGAAACCCACCUGCCCAAGGAGGGGUGAAGUCUGACCCCCGUUUCUGAGUGGGGACGGGACCGCCUGGCACAGCAGCUCAGAGGGCCAGGGAGGGCCGAGUUCGAAUCCUCUCCUGCUGGUCUCAUUGGACGAUCAGAGCCAGCCCCAUGCCCCCCCCCAUGGCCAGCCUAGCAGGUGCAAAGUGAGGGGGGGUGGAGACCUUCACAGCCCCAGCUCAACUCCUUGCAGGGAUGGCAGGAUCAAGCUGAGAGGCAGUUGGGUGUCUGAGAGAGAUGCCUCCUUCUCCUCCUCGCUCCCUGCCAAGCCCCCCCCCCAUAAAUCAGCCACAGGGCCAUGCGGGGCCCGGCGGGCCCCCCACCCACAUCAACCACCCCAAGGAGGGGAGCUGCAUGGCUGAAAGCAGGAGGAGGAUUGGGGCCUCCUCAGCACCCAGUGGCUGCAGGGAGCCUGGAUCAGGCCCACAGUGCCAUGGGGGGGGGGGAGUAGGCCAAGGGGGGUGCUUUUGCUCUGAGAAGCUCAAGAGCCACUGGACUGGCUGGGCCUGAUCCGGCAGCCUCUCCCCAUGUUCUCAUUGCCCCCUCUCCUCCGCGCAGGAUGCAGCCUCCGGUCGACUUCCCCGCCUGGUGCGAAGCGCGCUACGACUCCCGGGCCUGCAAGAUCUCGCUGGUGCAGAGAGGCAGGCCGAGGCUGCCCUGCGUGAACAACCUGGAGCCCGGCUGGGGGUCAGGCCAGGCCCCUGAGCAGCAGCCUGGCAGCCGAGGGGGGGCCAAGGCCCGGCUGGGGAGGCAGAGCCUGGAAGCGAAGCGCUGA